AUGAAGGAUGCGAUGCGGGGGGACUUUUCACGCAAACCACCGCGAUUACCGCUGCCGGUUAUGAAGAGAACACCGGCGAUCCACCGUCUGGGCCAUGACAUGGAUCCAUCAAGCGCAGGGACUAUCAGCAGCCAGUUUUAUGGUGAGUUGACGGUGCCGAUGAAACGCAUCGUCCACAUCCUUGUUUAG